AGGCGGACCUCUUCCUGCUCGCGAGCGGGUACGAGAACUACUGCAUGGCGGCGCAGGAGGCGGCCUUCUUCGGCCUGCCGACCCUCGCGUACGACGUCGGCGAGAUCGCUCUCUUCUGUGCGCCCGGAGGUAGCGUGCUCGUGCCUGUGGGCGACGAGGCCGCCCUCCGCUCCCGCCUCGCCCACCUCCUCCGGGAGCCGCGCGCACUCGCCGCGAUGCAGGACGCCGCUCACUCGUUUGCUGGCACGCUGCGCGCGCGCCUCGCCUCGCGCCCCAGCCUGCAGGCGGCGACGGGCGAGUUUGCGUCGCUGCUGCGCCGCGCAUCCGCCCGCGCCUCUGCCGCCGCCCGCGCCGCCGACGCCGCCGUGUCCGCCGCCCACGCUGUGCGGGUGCGAGGUCCUGUCUGUGCGGCUCUCGGUUUGCAUGCCGCGCUGCUGCUGCUGCUCCCCAUCCCGUCGGAGGCCAGCUCUCUCGACCGCGCGCUCGGCACGGCCCGCGCAGCCGGCAAGCAGGUGGAGGAGGGGCAUCCUUCUGCCCUCUCCAUCCUGCUCGCCGCGGCGCCCGUCCUCCUCGUCGCCUGGCCGCCCCUUCUCGCGGGCGCCGCGAGGCCCUUCCUCGCCGCGGCGCUCCGCCGGCCUCUCCCGCUGCGGCUCGGCCGACCGUCAGAGCUCGUCCAGACGGGCGCCACAUCUCCCCAUAUCUCCCCAUAUCUCCCCAUAUCUCCCCAUGUCUCCCCAUGCGCGCUGGGCCUGCUCUUCCUCUCUUCGGCCCUCUCUGUCUCCGCCGUCCUCACGCUGCGGACUUGCCUCGCCACCGCCCCGCACUCGCUCUGCACGCACGCCUCCUUUGCCUGGAGCCGGAACCCCAUCUGCGUGUCGAGUGUCGGCCUCGCUCUCUCCCUCUCGGCGCUGCUGCCGAGCGUGGUCAGCGCGGUCGGCACGGUCUGGCUCGCGCUCCACCUCGGCCGGCAGGUUGGCGGGCCGGAGGAGCGCCGGCUGGCGGAAGCCUUCGGCGAGAGCUGGCGCUCCUACGCCGAGGAGGUGCCCGCCGUGGGGAGCCUCGAGUCGCUCGCGAUCUCCGCGCUGCUCAUCACCGGCUGCGGCGUCCUGCUGCACGCCCUGCUGCCGGCGGCUGUGCUGCCGGGGGAGGCGGCGCUUCGGAGGCCGCAGCAGCGCCCGCUCGCGGCCGCGACGCCGCGCGAGGCCGACGAGGCGUCACCGCGCGCACCUCCAGCCCCAUCUCCCGUUCUCUCCCGAUCUCUCCCGAUCUCUCCGGCGGCGCUCUGUGCGGCGCUCGGGGCGCUGGCGCUGCCCGUCGUGCUCGCCGCAGCCUCUCGGCCGGCCCUCCGGCGAGCGAGCGGCAAGAGCUGCUAGUAUUGCAAUGGCGCUGUUGUGUGUGCGCGGGUCGGCGCGCGCCGCGAGCAGUGCGUGCGGCCGCGCGACAUAGAGUGAUCUGUACAACUGCUCGGCGUCUACAGCCGCGUGCUUUAUGGUGCGUGCUUGUGUACUAGGCUAUAGAGAGGGCCGCCAGACGUGCUCUAGAUGUGUUCACCCUGGGAGUGAAAAUGUGCUAAGCGGCUGAAUCAAUG